UCUUUCCGAGCGGAGGCUGGCUCGACCGCAGUGGCAGCCUGGUGCUGCUCCGUUGCACUGCCGCAUCAGUUUUCGGUCCAUAUCUGUGCGGGAGUUUCACUUCCGUCUUCUCGUCAAAGCCUCCCAUCGAACUGAGGAACUGCAUAACUGCAUCACUGCAUUCAAGAAUCGGGCAUCUUUUCCUGGCUCUGGCCCCGCUAUGGCCCGAUGUUCUUCAAGACUUCAUCUGUCUCACUUAGGUUUGAGACUUUGUGCAGCUCUUUCCACUCCUUUUCCACACGUACUUGUUGCAAACGCUUACUCCACCAACGUCAAGGCGCGUUCCUACUUUCAGUACAUUAAGCAAAAGAUCAUAGCUCCUCCCAGUCCUCCGUUCGAUCACGUGUGCCAGGUAGGGGACCCAGUGCUGCGAUCGAGAGCUGCGGCAGUUGACCGCGCAGCUAUUAAGGGACCUGAGGUCCAGAAGGUAAUAAACACUCUGGUCAAAGUCAUGCGUAAAUUUGAGUGUGUUGGAAUUAGUGCUCCUCAGAUUGGGGUGCCACUUCGAAUCCUGGCCCUGGAGUAUCCUCAGAAGAUGUUGGAUGUGAGUUCACCUGUGUCGAGGAAAGUUCACGGACUCUCCGUUCAACCGCUGAGAAUAUUUGUCAACCCCGAGCUCAGGGUGCUAGAUUGGCAGACGGUGCUCUUUCGAGAGGCCUGUGAGAGCAUCUGUGGCUUUUCUGCCACAGUUCCACGUUACCUGUCUGUGGAAGUAUCAGGUCUGAAUGAAAGAGGAGAAGAUACAACUUGGCAAGGCAGCGGUUGGCCAGCUCGAAUCCUGCAGCACGAGAUGGACCACUUGGAUGGGGUCCUUUACAUUGACCACAUGGACAGCAAGACUUUCAUCAAUGUCAACUGGCUGGCAUACAAUGAAUAAAAAAAUCGGUGGCGGCGUUUAGAAUCUCCCAGUAUGCUCGCCCCAAAAUUUCAAAAUGAAUAACAUACCCCUUCACUUUAGUAAAUGGGAACACCAUGCAAUUGACCACCGACAACAACUCUUUAACGAUCACGUUUUUAGGACACGGGAUGAAGUGUUCCGGGAAUUUCAAAUAACAGGCGGAAAUCCAUUUAAAGCAGCAAUACCCAAAGAAUACCAACUCUCCAGAGCACCCUCAAACUGCAAAUGCCAAGCAAAUAGUGACGCUUCUCCCGCAAAGUACAAGUUUACGCUUACCAAUCACCAAGUGGGAAGAAAAUCUUUCCAUGUCCGCUGACCGUAGCGAUAUGUGAGAAGAAUACGUUUACAAUGACGGAAAAGACACUUUUAUUUGAUGCAUCCUAUUACAGAUGCACAUGCAGAUAUCCUUCUAAAUUAGUCGCACCGACACAACAAACGCACACCACAUCCACAUAGGGUGCGUUGGGAAGUUCACUCCCGCUCCCCGGAACCAUCGCUAACUCGGAGCGUUGGUAGUGCGUGUGCGCCACUCCAUAUCUGUAGAACUGGCACAUUCAAUAUGGCGGAUGUACUGGCGCAUUCAAGAGUAAAGUUACAGGAAGUGGCGCACGCUCUGUCUCUGAAUUUCCGAAUGGACCCCAAACACCAGGCCGAAGCUACGAUCGGUCGGCGGCUGCGUGACGUCACGACGGGAAGCGGUUUUGGCCAUAAAACUUUUCCGUGGGCGUUGUUCUGAACCAAAUGGAGGCGAAGCCCAGUGCUGAACCGUUUCCAACCUUAUUGUUUGACUUUGGAUUUUCCAAUAAAUUGUUCAACUUUU